AUGGCCUUGCAAGUUUUGCAUGGUUUUGGUAGCAGUGGGGGCUACAGAGGUGCAUUCUAUGAGAAGCUGGUGGAAGCUUCUUCUAUGUGCCAGUCCCUGAUGGCUCCAAAGAUGGACAUGCCUCCGGCCAAGGUUGGGCCAAUUAAAAACGAUGUUCACCAAACACCAGGUGAAGAAAGGUACACACUUCAGCGGGAUUCUUACGUGGAUUUCCACAAAGAAACAGUAGAAAUACAGCUGGAGAGCAAGGCUCAGCUCAUGGCUGAAGUGGAUGUACGAGGCUUGAUUGGAAUUAUCGGUGGAACUGGCCUGGAUGACCCGGAUAUCUUAGAAGGAAGAACAGAAAAAUAUGUUGACACUCCUUAUGGCAAGCCAUCGGAUGCUUUGAUUUUGGGAAAGAUCAAAAAUGUGGACUGUGUGCUCUUAGCAAGACAUGGAAGGCAUCAUACAAUUAUGCCAUCAAAUGUCAAUUACCGUGCCAAUAUCUGGGCCUUAAAAGAAGAAAACUGUUCCCAUGUAUUAGUGACUACUGCCUGUGGUUCAUUACGAGAGGAAAUCCAACCUGGCGAUCUUGUCAUAAUUGACCAGUUCAUUGACAGGACAACUAAAAGACAUUGUACUUUAUAUGAUGGACAGCAUUCCAGUCUCUCAGGAGUAUGUCAUAUUCCAAUGGCUGAGCCGUUCUGCACCAAAACCAGAGAGGUUCUUAUUGACACUGCCAGGAAGCUGGGGCUCCAGUGUCAUUCCAAGGGGACAAUGAUCACAAUUGAAGGCCCACGUUUCAGCUCUCGAGCAGAAAGCUGUGUGUUUCGCAGUUGGGGAGCAGAUGUUAUCAACAUGACUACAGUGCCUGAAGUGAUUCUUGCAAAGGAAGCUGGAAUGAGUUAUGCUAGUAUUGCCAUGGCAACGGAUUAUGACUGCUGGAAGGAACAUGAAGAAGCAGUUUCAGUGGAUAAAGUUUUAAAGACGCUGAAAGGAAAUGCAAAUAAGGCUACAAGCAUACUCCUUACUGCUAUACCUCAGAUAGGCUCCAUGGAAUGGACUGACACCCUGCACACUCUGAAAGUAAGUAUACAAAUGAGGCUGAUGAGUAUGGGGGACAGUGUAUGUGUGUGA